AGCGGGUUUACCAAUAUUUGAUGUGGUUUCUUAUUUUAAGGCAUGUGUUUAUUUUUUUCUGUCUGUCAAGGAUUUUUUUUUUUCCAGCUGGAGCUUUGACAACCUACUGAACAUAUUCUACAGAUGUGCAAAACUGGAAAUGAAUUCACAACUAGAGCUGCUAUAAAAUGUUAUCACUCUAUUGUAGUGUGACCAGAUGUACCCAUUUACCCGGGACAGUCCCAGUUUUGAGCCCUGUGUCCCAUGUCCCAGUGGAUUUAUCCAAAGCCAUUGAUUUGUCCCAGUUUUAUACAAGAAAUAUUCCAGGUGUCCCCAUUUUUGACCGAUCUGAUACCAACUAACAGUAAAGAAGUGAAUAUGUUGUUAUUUGUUUAGCUAAAAUACAAAAAAAUGUGCUUGAAAAUGAGCAUAAGGCAAAAAAAAAGCACUUUGUUGAACUGACAGAUUGUUUUUGUUCACAAUUUUAUUCAUACCAACUAUCCCAACUUGGACAUGUCCCCGUUUUGAAUUUUGAAAACCUGUUCACUCUACACUAUUUGUGUCUUGUAAGUGGAAACAGGAUCAUGUCAAAUAUGCAACCGCAAUCUGUAAUACUGCCACUAGAGGCCACCAAAAUUACACAUUAAAUCAAUAAAUAUGUGGACUAUAAACAUUAACUACAAACACAAUCAAAUGUCCUUUCAAGAAAACAAUGUUUCUAUGGAUUUUUUUUGCCUAAAAACAUUUAAAUUUUAUAUAAUAAAUGUGAUUCAAUGUUGUUUCUUCAAAAUGAAUAGCUAUUUUUAAAUGUAGACCACUAGACUGCUAAAUUAAGCUAGACAUCUAAUAGUAGAAUAGUAGAAAUAUUAGUAGAAAUAGUAGAAAAUAAAGCAAUAAAUAACUAACACAAUAACUCAAGGCGUUAAUUGUCUCAGCAGGUCUACUGUACAGUGCCUCUCAGCCUUUAAAAACAUGGGUCCAAAGGGAAUAUACCUGUGAGGAGGCAUUUCCACAGCUCUCUCUCUGACAGCUAUAGACAGGGGGGCGGAGCUACCUGCACAACCUGAGCACCAUACACCUGUUGCACUUCCCACACUCCUGUCCUCUCUCUGUGCUCUCUCUUCCCCUUUGACUGGACCUGAGUUCAGGGCAGAGGAGGCUUCAACAUGGAGCCCAAAGAGAAGGAGGCCUCUGGCUGUGAAAAAGAGAAAGAAAAAGACAGACCUAUCAAAAGGAGGAACCGUCCGGUGUUUUUACGUUACUUGGAGAGAAGAAAGACAGACACUAUUGUAACUGAUGACAAAAGUGACAUCAACCUGGGGACGCUGGUGAGGAGGAGUCAAUCAGACAAGACGGAGUACAGCGCAAAACUUAAAGAGAAGCUGAUGCCGUUCGACCUGUCCACGCCCACCUCUCCAGCGCUUGAUCCCGAGGAGGUGCGCUCGAGGAAGAUGAAGCGCAGGUCAAAGGUCAUCCAGGAGCUGGUACAGACUGAGAAGGACUUCCUGACGGACCUGGAGCUGUGCAUCAGAGAAGUGGUCCAGCCCCUGAGGAACAUGCAGGUUGUUGAUGUGGAUCGUCUCUUCACAAACAUGGAGACAGUGUGUGAAGUAUCAGCAGCUUUGUACCAGAGGCUGCAGGAAGCAAUGACCGAGCCUGAUCCAGAAGCAGUCAUCAUUGGAGAAGUUUUCAUCCAGGCCAAGGCAGCUCUAGAGGACGUGUACAAGGUUUACUGCUACCACCACGAUGACGCCAACGUGGCUCUGAAAGCUUACGAGAAAGAGGAAGAAGUAAAGAAACAUUUGACUGCAUGUGUAUUAGCACUGAAGAAAAUCUAUGAAAGAGAGAGUAAACCAAACUUGUUGAACAUGGGCUCGCUGCUGAUCAAGCCGGUGCAGAGGAUCAUGAAGUACCCGCUGCUUCUCGGAGAGCUUUGGCAGACCACUCCGGAAAACCAUCCAGACUAUCAGCCGGUGCAGGAGGCUUUCACCGCCGCCAAAAUCAUAAACAUCAACAUUAACGAGUUUAAGAGACGCAAGGACAUUGUUAUGAAAUAUAAACGAUCAGAAGACGAAGGCACACUGAGGGGCAAGUUUCACAAGUUUAACAUCCACUCUAUCCGGAAGAAAGGAGACAGGUUUGCAGGAUUUCUCAAGAUUCUCACAGGAGUUGAGCCACAGGUGAGAGAUGAAGUCUUUGACCGAGAGGAGAAGCUCUUCAGGAGUCUGGAGAAAGCGGUCAGGCAGAUGGUCAAGAACGUCCAGUGUUACGUGCAAGAAAUCCAGGAAAUGGUAUCUGUGGCCGUCCAGAAUGCCCACGACAUGGAAAAUAUUAUUAAAGAGUUCAACAAGAAUAACAAAAACGGGCUUUAUCAUCACAACGGAAAUGACCCCUACAAGCACUUUAAAGACAGUGUGGAGCAGCUGGUCCUCGCUCCGCUGUCCUCUCUGCAGGGCAUGUUCACAGCUCCACAGAAGCUCAUCCAGAAGCGCUACGACAAACUACUGGACUACUGCAGCCGCCUGGAACGAUCCUCCUCACUCGCGGCACCGCCAUCAUCAUCAUCAUCUUCACCAUCAGCAUCCCCCUCUCCCUCCAAUCCAUCCACCGUCCCAGAUGACCAGGGCCCCGCCAGGAGAGACUACGAGGCUCUUAACGCCAUGCUGGUGGAGGAACUUCAGAGAUUCAACAUGGCCGCUCACGCCAUCCUCAUCAACUGUGUCGUUUAUUUAGUGGCUCUUUUAAAACAGCUGAUGGAGAAACUUCUACUGCCAGCUCCAUCGUUGCACCAACUACCGGCUCCUUUAUCCAACAUGGCAGAAGUUCAAAACAGCAUCAUGGAGGAGCUGAGCAAUCUGUCGUUUGUGAAGGACAACGCAGCGAAACUGAUGGAGCGUAAAGUCAGCUUUGAGAGACAACGAGACAAGAAACCCACGAUUCCUGAGGUGCAGCAUCAGACUGAGGAGCAGCGUGCCUGGCUGUUGGCGGAGUACCCCCUGGAGCGCAUCUACCAGCUCAAGAGAAAGUGCAACGGCUGUCAGGAGCAGGACCUCAGUCUGCUGGAGGGGGAGCUGGUGGCCCUCCUGGAGGACUCGGACCCCUUCGGCAGCAGCAGUCGUUGGCUCGUGCACUCUGGAGGUGCUCAGGGCUACAUGUACUCCACCUUUUUGAAGCAGUACAACCCACAGCGAGACUCUCUGAGGUCAGGGCAGCCAGUCCGGGAACAGCCUCCGACCCAACAGCAGCCGGCCUUCCUGCUGGACGAGGACUUUGACAACAUCAGUCUGUUUGUGUCGGGCAGUGGCAGCAGCAGUCUGCGCAGCUUCAGCCUCAACACCACCGACAGCAGCUCCAGCUUGUGUGGCCUGCAGGGGGAGCAGGACAGCCCCGAGGACCAGGGGGUCUCUGUGGAUGGGGAUGAUAUAAUUGACGACUCUCAACAGUUUUAUGCCGUAUAUGCAUUUCAAGCCCGCUGUGACCAGGAGCUGAGCCUGCAGGAGUAUCAGCAUGUGCGCAUCCUCAAGUUCUGUGACCUGGGGGGAAAUAAAGAGUGGUGGCUGGCUGAGUCCAAUGGACAGAAGGGAUAUGUUCCAGCCAAUUACCUGGGAAAGAUGUCCUACGCUUGAUAAAACAGACAGAAUGUAUAAGACUGCAAACCCACCGGUCGACCUGUUCAACACCA